CUUCCUUCCUCCCAGAAGCAGUGUGGCGGCGGUAGUGCGAAGGCGCUCGGCAGCCCUCCUGAGUGAGAGAGAAGUUUUUCGCCAGAGGAUUCUGUCCAAGAAUUAAAUCACCUUCAUGUCGACUCUGUUGGAUACUAACCGGCCGUUGCUAUGGUUACCUUUAUUACGAUCUUACAGGUGAAUCUAGUGAUGUCCAUCCUGCUCUACAUGAUGGUCCUCGUGUACCUCUAUGGUAUCCAGGCAACCAACAUGGACAACAGUCGCCAGGGGCAACAACAGCAGCAGCUCCCGCCGACAAGUCCGGAUCCUUUAAACUCCCUCAUCAUACAGCUUCUCCAGGCUGACCUGACCAGGGGGAAGAACCGGGGGAACCAAAGCCAGCAGGGGAAAAGCAGGGACGCGGAGCACCGGGACUCGGGGCCGCCUCUCCUCAGUGCCGACGGCGACGCGGAGCAGUGGAGGGAGGAGGCGGGCCGGGGCGGCGAGGGCCAGGUGAUGAUGUUGAACUCGGAGCUACUGAGGCAGCACAAGCGCUUUAAUUCGCCCCGGGUGCUGCUGAGUGACCGGGCGCCGCUGCAACCGCCGCCGCUGUAUAUGGCGGACGACUUUGCGAGCGGCGGACUGAUGGGCGAGAGGUCCGUAAACAAGACCCGGAAGAAGCGCUACACGGAGCACAAGAGUUACCGGGGGGAAUAUUCGGUGUGCGACAGCGAGAGCCAGUGGGUGACUGAUAAAACUCAAGCGGUGGACACCAGGGGGACCCCGGUGACCGUUUUGGACAAAAUUAAAACCAGCGCGGCGCAGGAUAUUAAACAAUACUUUUACGAGACGCGCUGUCGGACCCCUCGACCUUUUAAGGGAGGCUGUCGGGGCAUCGACGACAAGAACUGGAACUCCCAGUGUAAGACCACGCAGACUUACGUGCGGGCGCUGACGCAGGUUCGCAAUUCGGUCGGCUGGAGGUGGAUACGCAUCGACACGUCCUGCGUUUGCGCGCUGUCCAGAAAACGUCACAGGACGUAAACAUCUUCCGUUUCCAGCUCUCCGCCACGGGAUCGUGCACUUUGGUGGCCAUCUAAAACGACACCUACUGAAGAAAGACGUGGGUCCACAUUCAUGCUGCAAAUCCGCGAGCUGGUUGCAGCCUUGCUGUUUUGGAGGAACUCAUCCGAGUCAGGGUGUGAAGGGGAACUGUAUAUAUAAGUUAUUUAAAUUAUAUGAAAUGCAUGUAGUUCAUACAUGUUCAUCUAAAUCUAUACGUAUGGAUAUAUUUGUGUUAUUUAUUGAAAGAAGUCUGCUUCCAAAGGAACCAAAAAUCUCGAUGACCAGGAAUGAACGACAAUGGACUACAAAGCCGAGCCGGGCUGCAAAGGUGCUUCCCAUGAGACUUAUUACGUGCCUUGACCAGUGUGGCUGCAUAGCAAACGUUGGACACACACACACAGCAAUAUCCACAAAAAAAAAAAAAAAGAAAAUGCUGCAAACUAUCAGCGACAAUUUUCAGAUUUGUUUGGGCACACACACAAAA